AUUCCAAGUGCACAGCCGUUCACGCCAUCAUCAGCAGAGGCCACUGACCAGUGACUGAGUGACAUCAGGCUUACACAACAAUGGCCUCGUCGUGCCUCGUCUUCCUCCUCCCGGUGCUCUGCCUGGGAAUGCUUCAGGCGCUCCCGACUUCCAGCGCGGCCCGCGCCUUCUUCGUGUUCGGGGACUCCCUCGUUGACAACGGCAACAACAACUACCUGAUCACCGAGGCCCGGGCCGACUCACCGCCCUACGGCAUCGACACGCCGGACCACCGCGCGACGGGGCGCUUCAGCAACGGCAAGAACGUGCCCGACAUCAUCAGUGAGCACCUCGGCUCAGAGCCAUUGCUGCCGUACCUGAGCCCCGAGCUCGAUGGCCACAAGCUGCUCGUCGGUGCUAACUUCGCGUCGGCCGGCGUCGGGAUCCUUAAUGACACCGGAAUCCAAUUCGCCAACAUCAUCCACAUCUCGAAGCAGCUGCUGUACUUCGCUCAGUACCAGAAGCGGCUGAGCUCGCUGAUCGGCGAGGGGCAGACAGCGCGGCUGGUGAACGGUGCGCUGGUGCUCAUCACCCUCGGCGGCAACGACUUCGUGAACAACUACUACCUGGUGCCCUACUCCGCGCGCUCCCGCGAGUUCUCGCUGCCCGACUACAUCACCUACAUCGUCUCCGAGUACAAGCAGAUCCUCAAGAGGAUGUACGAUCUGGGCGCGCGUCGCGUGUUGGUGCAGGGCGUGGGUCCGAUCGGCUGCGUGCCGGCGGAGUUGGCGUUGCACAGCCUGGACGGGAGAUGCGACCCGGAGCUGCAGCGCGCUUCGGCGAUGUACAACCCGCGGCUGAUGGCGAUGCUGGCCGAGCUGAACGCCCAGGUCGGCGGCGACGUGUUCGUGGGCGUGAACACGCAGCGGAUCCACAACGACUUCAUCGACGACCCCAAGGCGUACGGCUUCGCGACGGCCACGGAGGCAUGCUGCGGGCAGGGGCGGUUCAACGGGAUGGGCCUCUGCACCAUGGUCUCCAACCUCUGCAACGACCGCGACAUCUACGUCUUCUGGGACGCCUUCCACCCCACCGAGCGCGCCAACCGGCUCAUCGUCCAGCAGUUCAUGACAGGGUCCAUCGACUACAUCAACCCCAUGAACCUCAGCACCAUCCUCGCCGUCGACAAGAUGAACCAGCAGCUGCGCACAUGAUUACUUUCGUUGAUCGAUCAGAAAAUUACGUGCAUCUGGAGCUUCAUUCUUGCAUUGCAAUCUGCAUGCUUGUUUGAUCUCGACUUUCUUGAGGGUGGUUGUCAUCAGUAUGUAGUCCUAAAGUGUCAGGUUCAGAUUCGGUUGCUGAGACGUGAUCUCUGCAGGUUAUGUCCGUGUUGAGCAUGUGUACCCAAUCACAGGCUUCUAUAAUUCUUCAGAAUUCAGCUUUUCUUCUUCUUUUAAUAAAUCCUAUAUAGCUUCCAGAUCAUCUAUCAGCUAGUAAUUCCACUAGCUAGUGUUGUGGUUUUCCUUGAUUUGUAAUAUUAAGCUCCAUCAGUAA